UAUUGUGUGUGGAUAUUUUGCGCGAUUUUUUUUUUAAUACAUUGUGACAUUCGGGCGGAAAAUACAAUGGAGUAGCCGAUUUGCCGGUUGUUAUUUUAUCUAUUCAGCUAUUUUAAUAGUUUGUGUGUGAGGACUUUUAGUUGCGAUAAACAAUAAGUUAAAUAAGAAGGUGCGUGCCCGUGGCGCUAUACAUCAAUGGCUGCUGGUAUGUGAGUUUAGCGUCAUGACAUAAGGAGCAAGCCAGUGUGUGUGUGUAACUGUGUAACUGUGAGGAAGCCAUCAAUAAAGUGAGUGAUAAAUCGAGAUAUCGUGCAAAGUGGCCAUAAAAGUGUUUACAUGUGUUUACUAUCAAUUAAAAAGUGUCACAGCACUCAAGGCGAUGAAGGAGCCGAUAAAUAUUGAUGCGCUGCUCUAAAUGCUUCCGUCACCCUCCAGUGUUUCGUAAAUAAAUAACACCCUGCAGAACAGGAAGAAAAUUUCAUUGAGCUCUUGUGUGAGUGCGCGUGGAAGGAAUACGGUCAUCGCGUGUCACGAAAGCGUUCGAUGAGCAAUCAAAAGAAAAGUAAAGAAAUCACAUGAAUAAUUCAAUAAGGAAACACAAAGUGCAAUAUAAAUUGAAAGUCGCGUACUUAUGGGCAUUGCUACGCCGCGCAAACGCCCCAUAAAUGACCUGAACAACAAUAAUUAGUUUGAAACUUAAAAAAAUAAUAAUAACAAAUUAAAAGUGCUAAGAAUCCACACAGCAGUGGUAAGACGACACAAAACAACAGAACCGUCGCUAUGUCGAUGCGCAGCAAUAAGUUGAACUCGUCACAGUCGGCGUAUCCGCCGCCGCCGCAAUCGCCGCAGCUGCAAUACCUGCCGCACCAUCAGCAUCAACAGCAACAGCUGCUGCAGCAAUUGCAACAGCAACACAAAUUCCAGCAGCAGCAACAGCAGCUGUCACAAUCGCCGCCAAGCGUCUCACAGCAGCAUCAGCACCAGCACCAGCCGCCCAACGCCACCAACAGUCGCAACAACUUGGCCACACUGGUCGCGGCCAUCAACAAUGAGAACGGCUAUCAGCUGUCGGCGGCCACGGGCAACUCGCCAGCCAUAAAUGUGACGUCGCCACCCUCGUAUUCCGCAGCCAUCGCGGCUGGCAACGGCGCAGGCGGUGGCGGUGGUGGCGGCGGCAGCAUGAGUGCGCCCAUAUUGGAGGGCCAUAAAACGAAUGCUUCACCAUUCCAGUUUCUAAAUCACUACCAGGCACAGGAGCUGGCCAACUUGCCGAACUCACAGUUGGUGGUCGAUGGCGGCGGUGGUGUGGUUGCUGAGGAGGAUGUCGAUGAGUUGGAUCCGCAGCAGCAGUUGUGUGUGGUUGCCAAAAUGCAGAAGUCUGUAACGAUUACCGUUACGCCGCAGCGCAGCAACUCCAUGGACUAUUUGAAUUUUGAGGAGAAACGUCAAUUGAUCGCUUCGUCACUAUCCCUUUCGGAUAUCUUGCAUUGUAAUCCAGCUGCGGCUGGCAAGGAGGCGGCUGCCAAUGCUAAUGGUGAGUUGUCCCCAAACCACCAAAAUCCACAAUUCUCCACACUGCAAUCCCCCAAAAAGCAAAAUGGUGCUGCCCUGCGUACAAACAGUCUCGGCUCCGGCACACGCACACCCCCGCUCGAGCGCAAAAGCAAGUUGAGUGCUUUGGGGCGAUUCUUCAAGCCGUGGAAGUGGCGGCGGAAAAAGAAGAGCGAAAAAUUCGAAGCAGCUUCCAAGUCACUUGAACGCAAAAUAUCGGUACGUGCCAAUCGUGAGGAGCUUGUGCAGAAGGGUAUACUGCUGCCAGAGAGUCCACUGGGGAACAUACAGGAGCCAGGUGAGGACGUGUACUACAAUUCCAAUGCCAACACAUCCAACAACAUGGCCAACGGCUCCAUCCUUUCAGUCGCCAAUAAUAAUAACAACAACAAUAACAGUAAUGGCAGCGCACUGCAAAAUUCCAUAAACACCACCACAGCUGGCAGCGCCGGCGGCGCGCUCAUUAGCCAGCAGCAGUUGCAACAGCAGCAGCAGCAACAACAGCAACAGCAGCACCAAAUGGUGAACGUACCCACAUCCAUAUCCGUGCAACAGUUCAAUGCAAUGAACGGUGGCAACAACAACAACGGCAGUAAUAACGGUGGCGGCGGUGUCAACAAUUCCAGCGGCAGCAACGGUCAGAACGGUGGCGGCGGCGGCGGCGGCGGCGACGCAUCACCCAUGUCGAACGUGCCGCACUCGCAGUCGGCGCCACACCAGCUGGGGCAGCCGCCGCCGCUAACGCCGCUGGCACAGCAUCAUCAGGCGUUGGCGCAACAGUUGCAGCAACGAUUUGCCAUAAGCAAUAAUAAUGAAACCAGAAAAGACAAGACUGAGGCACCACACGGUGGUAAUGGCGCGGCGCUAUCACCCAAUACCGAACAGCCAUCAGGUCAGAGUUCAUUGCUGCCACCACACGGCGGUGGCAAUAGCGGCGCGCAAUCGAAUUACAAUCACGUGACACACGUCACUGGUGGCGUUGGUGGUGGCGGUGGCGGGAAUGGUGGCAACAGCGGCGGUCGUGAUCAGCAUGACGGCGCUCCACGCACACAGAAUUCCAAAUUGGAACGCCCCAAUACGCUCGGCACCGGCAAGGUGUCACGUCGCGUAAACAUUUGUUAUCACAAUGAGCACUAUCCCGAUGGCGGCGCUGCAGUGAACAAUGUAAUCGGCGGACCGCCCGGCAGCACACCGCCACCGUACACGGCCGAUGGAAAAAUGACGAACGCCCAAGGCGGCGGUGGCGGCGGCAGCGGCAAUGUGGGGGCUGGCGGUGUUAUGCUCUCCGAGUUGCCAGAACCACCGAUACCAGUGUCCGAGAUUGGUCCAAUCCCACCGCCGCCCAUGUUCUCCACACCGAGUCCAACAUUGAUAGCUGGGCGCGCUCAUGGGCCGGGUGCGAUGAAUGAUCAAGGUUAUCAGGAUUAUGAUUAUGACGAUCAAGAGCCUGACGACGACCAGCUAGACUCGGAUGAGGAGUAUAUGUUCCAGUUGCGGCAGCAACAACAAUCAUUACAUCCCAAUCAUGUCGAUACACAGCGCGUUGAGGAAAUUCCAGCCAAAGAGCCAAAACCAAAUGCAGUUCCUCUCAAGUCGGCGCUGAAGAAGAAGCCCGGCCAAACGUCCACCUCAUCGCCGGCCACGCCCACACAGGACCACAGCAAUGCCAAUGGCAAUGUGCAGCAAGGUGGUGGCGGCGGCGGCGGCGGUCCAGCAACAUCGGCCAGUCAGCGCCCGCUGGUGGUGCGUCAAGACGCAACAAACAGUUAUUCGCUCAAGCCAAUACUACGACCACGGAUUAGAAUAUGCAGGCAGCAGGUGUUCAACAUCAAUCUGCCGUGCACCGUCGAGAACAAGGAGAACACUCGGCCGUUUGUGAUACGCGAGAGCAGCAGCGACAGCGACGAGGGCGACGGGCGCAUACUCUAUCGCGACGACGACAAUGACCGGCAGGCGAAGAUUGCGCGCAAGGAGUCACUGUCGCUGAAGCUGCAACUGCGGCCCGACAAGCAGGAUCUGAUUAACCGCAACAUUCUGCACCAGGUGACCGACAAUGAGAUCAAGGAGUCGAAGGAGGCCAUUGGCGCACGUCUCAUACGCCGACUGUCGAUGCGACCCACUGCCGAGGAGUUGGUGGAGCGCAAUAUCUUAAAGACACAAUCACCCGCCGAAGAGAAGAAGCAAAAGGAGGAGAAGAAAUCGUAUUUGCUGCGAAAAUUGAGUUUCCGACCCACCGUCGAGGAGCUGAAGGAGAAGAAAAUCAUCCGUUUCAACGAUUACAUUGAGGUGACACAGGCGCACGACUACGAUCGGCGUGCGGACAAGCCAUGGACAAGACUGACGCCGAAGGAUAAGGCUGCCAUACGCAAGGAAUUGAAUGAGUUCAAAUCGUCGGAGAUGGCGGUGCACGAGGGUAGUCGGCAUUUGACGAGGUUCCAUCGGCCAUGACAAAUGCAAGGGCAGCAAACGACACUUGCAACAGCAGCCACGUCAGCAGCAACAUCAGCGAAAAACUCAUUUUCCAAAUGCAACCAACACAAUUUUGUGCUCGAACAGCAAAAGCGGCAGCAACAACAACAGCAGCAAAAGUUCGAGCGUGAUGGCAUAAAAACGAGAAAAUGAAAUAUAAGAAAAUAAAAACAAAAAAAUUCCCAAAAAAAAAA